UAAAAAGGAAAAUAAAGAGGGCCCCUCGUCAAAUUGAUUCAUCCCCAACGUGAGAGUUAACCACAGAAGUUCAAACAUAUUCCGUCGUGAGCAACUAGGGUUUCUACAAAUUUGCAUCUUUACUCGAUACCGAAUCGUUAGGAUCAAUAUGUACCUUUUUGUUAGAAUAAUGGGACUGAUUCAGGGGACACACAAAGCACCCAAGCUUGCACCACAAGAUUUUAUUAGCAGCAUGCCUGAUAUUGUCAUAAAUAAUAUUCUGGACCGAUUGCCGUUUCGAAAUGCUGUGAGGACCAGUGUCUUGUCGAGUAACUGGAGGUUUAAGUGGACUAUGCUUACCCAACUCGUAUUGGAUGUCGACUUCUUUGAUUCAUUAGAAGCAGUUGACGAAGACGAAGAAGACGAAGAAGAAGAUGAAGACGAAGAAGACGAAGAAGAAGAUGAAGACGAAGAAGAUGAAGAAGAAGUUGAUGAUGACGAAAGUAAUAAUGAGAGCAUUGUAAGUAAGCUUCUUCUUCAACUUAGAGGUCCCAUUACAAAGUUUGAACUCUCCGUGGAUGAUAUAUCGGAUGCUGAUGAUAUGGAUAACUGGAUUUUGUUCUUGUCUAGAAGAGGACUUAAGGACCUCACUCUUAACAAUUGGGGUCCAACACCACUUAACUUGCCUACCCAUCUUUUCUCUUGUGUAGAGUUGAAACAUUUGAAACUUCGUAACUGUUCUUUCAGUCUUCCACCUACUUUUCAUGGUUUUCCAAACCUGUUGAGCUUAUACUUGCGUGUGGAGUUUGAAGAUAAUAUUCAACUUGGGGAAUUUUUUACUCGGUGUCCCUUGCUUGAGAAGUUGACCAUGGAUGACCUAUUUGAAAUGGACAAAGUAAAUAUAGUUGAGAUUGCAAAACAAGAAAAUCUCAAAAUAUUAUCUUUGAAAUUUCAUGAUUCUCAUGACGAGACGACAACCGCAAGCUCUAGUAAUAUCUUUGAGCUUGUGGGUUCUCUUCCGAAACUUCAAGAGCUUCAUUUGGAUUUUGAAGAGUGUCGGUUGAUAGAAGGUGGUGGUAAAAAGAGUUUCUUUACUGUCUUUCCCUGCCUCAAGGUUCUUAAAUUAUCAGAUAUAUGUUUAGACAAUGGUAUUAUGUUUUCAUUUGCUUUUGAAUUGAUAAGAAGCUCCCCGAAUCUGCAGACUCUUGAAAUCACACCAAGUAACUGGUGUAUGUGUAUAUUCUUGCAGAGUGCUAAUUCGCCUCCACAAGUAGACUGCAGUACAACGAGACUGUUGCAGCUUCAAAGUGUGAUGUUUGACUGUUUGAAAGGUUCGGAGAAUGAAAUACGGUUGAUAAAGUAUUUACUUGCGUGUUCCCCUUCCCUAAAAAGGAUGCAUAUUUUUUCCUGUCAUUUCUCAUCGUCUGAACAAAAGUUGGUGUUUGUUAGGAAGUUGUUGAAGCUCUAUCGAGCCUCCCCUGUAGUUGAACUCGAACUCUUUUGGCAUUAGUUGUUUUGAACUUCUCUUAUAUUUGAUCCAUAUUUAUUUGCGUGGA